UAACAUUUCUAAAGCUUCUAAUUGGGUAACAGUUCAAUGAAAACAAAUAUGGCGGGCGAAGGAGACAGACAUGAGAAUCUAAGUUUUUCAAACACAAAAUCACCGUGUACUUUCAACCUUACCCGCUUACGAGAGCGUGUUAAAGAAUACAUAGACAAGCACCACUAUGAUUCUGCAGCAUUUUGGGCAGACAAAUUGGUAUCAUUGUCAAAUGGUGCAGUGGAGGAUGUGUAUUGGUAUGCCCAGACCCUGUACAGUACUGGCCAAUAUCACAGAGCUGCAAAAUGUAUUCUAAAUAGAAAAUUGCACAAAAACCAUAUGUGCUGUAGAUAUUUAGCAGCUAAAUGCCAUUAUGAAUGUAAGGAGUAUCAAGAAGCACUGGCUAUAUUAGAUUUUGUUGAACCUUGUUCUAUACAGCCUAUCAACAAGAAAAUGUCAUUCAAUGUCAACCAGAGUAUAUCAGAACCAGAUACUUCAACUAACAAAAAUAUGGAGUGUUCUAUGAAUGUGUUACGAGGUCAGAUAUAUGAGGCGAUGGAUAACAGGACACUAGCUAUGGAAUGUUUUAAAGAAGCUCUACGGCAGGACGUGUAUUGUUAUGAAGCCUUCGACCUUCUCGUAAACCACCAUAUGUUAUCUUCACAAGAAGAGAGAGAGUUGAUAGACAGUCUACCAUUUAGCUUGCAGUGUCCCAGCGAGGAGGAGGAACUUGUUAAAUUUCUGUAUGAAAAUAAACUGAAAAAGUAUGACAGACCACAAGAAGCUAAAGUACCAGAAAGUUUAGAAGUGCUCAGUGAUAAUUUAGAUAUUAUAUGUAACUUGGCAGAGAGACAUUACUACAACUGUGAUUUUAGAGAAUGUUAUAAAUUAACUACCAAAAUAUUGAAUACAGAUCCAUACAAUAGUACAUGUUUACCACUUCAUAUAGCAGUGAUGGUAGAAUUAAAGAAAUCUAAUAGUUUAUUUUAUCUUGCCCAUAAAUUAGUUGAUCUGUACCCUAACAAGCCAGUUUCAUGGUUUGCUGUAGGUUGUUACUAUUUCCUUAUAGACCAGAAAGAGGCUGCACGUAGAUAUCUCAGUAAAGCUACUACAUUAGAAAGAACAUAUGGGCCGGCCUGGUUGGCGUUUGGCCAUUCCUUCGCUACUGGAAAUGAACAUGAUCAGGCCAUGGCAGCAUACUUUACAGCAGCUCAACUCAUGAAAGGAUGUCACUUGCCAGCACUUUAUAUUGGCCUAGAAUAUGGACUAACAAACAAUCCUAAGUUAGCAGAGAGAUUCUUCCGGCAAGCUCUUAGUAUAGCACCAGAUGAUCCAUUUGUUCUUCAUGAGAUGGGUGUGAUAGCCUUUUCAAAAUGA